ACGCUCGCGUAGGGACCGCCAGUAGUUCCGUGCUGUCUGCCGUGCGGGUUGGAUACGACGUGUCCGCGACGCGAUAGACUCGUCUCUCGUCUCUCGCGUCACCCCUUUUAAGCCACCCUUACCCUGCGAAACGAACGUCGCGUCAGCAAACGUCGAACCGCGCGCGCUCGUUUCUCUCUCGUUCUCUCUCCCUCUCUCUCCGUCGUUCUUUCUCUCCUCGAGUGGACCCGGGGACACGAGGAGUGUGUUCGAUCGUGCGGAAGAAACGUCGCUCGCGUCGCCUCUCGCGUCGUCCACGCUUCGCACCUGGAGAUUCUCUUCGCUUCAACCCUCCCCCGACGUGUCCACCGCGACUCUCCGAGCGACCGCGUUCUCGCUCGGUGGACGCUCCGGCGGAGUAUUACAUGUCGUGAUGCCGCGGAGUGAGCGACGCGCGCCGCCGAGAGGACUCGCGGCCGAGGGUGCUUCGAUCUCGUCCUGACGAUACCAGCCCUCGUGCGUCACCCUCGGUGGACACUACGCAACAACAGUGGUGCGGUCCGAUUAGAAUAAAAAUGUUGGUGGUGUAAGUGGGGGAGAGGAGAAGGCCCCGCGAUACGGUGGUGGUGUAUCCGUCGGCCUCGUCGACGGAUGGAUCGGGGAUACGUAUUUAGAGAUUGUGCCGGCUCAGUCGUCCGCUCAUUGUCGUCAUUUCGACGGAAGGCAAGGCGAGACGACGACGCGUAAGACGCGCGAGAUUCGCGUAUACACGUAUAACUCUCUCUCUCUCUCUCUUGCUUUCUCUGCAUCCUACCCGCGUAUGCCAAGUGUGUGCGACGUGUAACACGUGUGACAGUUACCCGUGGGAUAUCCACCGCGGAUUAUACGUUUCUUCGACCGCAAAGGGGUGGUUGGAGGCGCCGUGUGCGGGAUUACACAUACGUACAACACAUACACACGUACACACACACAUACACACACACACACACACACAUACACACGCACACACACACAUAACAUACGAAUACAUCAGUGGUUCUCCUUGGUGCACACGUUACGGCGGAUUCAUCCCUAAAGGAUAUGUCGCUAUAGCAGCACUCGCACGGAUCGCAGCUACGAUGGCCGGAUACUCCAGUGCGCUCAAUACGGAUUUCGCUCCGGAAUCAGCGCGGAGGAUGCAACGAUCGGCGAUCGAUGCUAUUGAGGAUGCCAGGGAAUCCUCCGGAUGCGCGAUAACAAGGAACGAGAGCAGAAGAGUCAGGCGAAGAACGAUACCGUUAAUAAUUUGCCUCUCGCUGCUCAUGACAAUGGAGGUGAAGACAGUGGCAGCUACGAACGUGACAAACGCGUCGUCCGUGCUAGCGUCGACGCUGAAGCCGUUUACAACGACGGAAGUAGUUUAUCAGCGAUUCGCCAUCGAGCCGAUGGAUCAAACCGCGGUGAUUGGCAGCCGGGUGACGCUUCCAUGCCGAGUUCUCGAUCAGAAGGGACCCAUUCAAUGGACCAAGGACGACUUUGGCCUGGGAGCGGUUAGGAAUCUCACCGGAUACGAGCGAUACGCCAUGAUCGGUAGCGACGAAGAAGGCGAUUUUUCGCUGCACAUAUAUCCGGUGGAACUCGAGGACGAUGGCACGUAUCAAUGUCAGGCUUCGCCGACAAACGACGGACAGCCGGCUUUACGAUCAAGAUUUGCCAAGCUAAGCGUGCUAGUGCCACCGCAGAAGCCGAAGAUCCUGCAGGGUGACUUCCUCGUCACCACCGAAGAUCGAGAACUAGUGAUCGAAUGUAUAAGCAACGCUGGAAAACCACCGGCAGAGAUCACGUGGAUCGAUGGACUGGGCAACGUGCUACACCGUGGCAUCAAAACCACGAAGGAGGCGUACGAUAACGGUCCGCUGACUACUGUUAAGUCCGUCCUGAGAGUGAUGCCGCGGAAGGAUCACGACAACACGACUUUCACGUGCCAAAGUCAAAAUAUGGCGGAUCGUUCGCCGCAAAGCGCCAAACUUCGCGUCGAGGUACGUUACGCACCGAAGGUAUCCCUCUCGAAGAUCGAUCGCAUCGUCGAAGGUUCCGAGCUUAGGUUCAAAUGCUGCGCCGAGGCCAAUCCACCGGACGUAGAAUACAGGUGGUUUAUCAACAAGAAAAAGGUGAUCGGGGACUACACCACGGAGAUGAUUAUUCACAAUGCUACCCGCGAGCUGCACGACGCGACUGUCAAGUGCGAGGUUUCUAACGAGGUCGGCAAGAGCGAGGAAAGUCAAACCCUGGAUAUAAGAUACGGUCCGCAGUUUCGGCACCCGCCGGUCUCCGUAGAAACGCAUUACGGUGCAACGGAGAUCCUGCAGUGCGACGUAGACGGGAACCCGACGCCGGAGAUUCUGUGGUACCACGAGGAUUCGGAGCGAACGGUCGCUACCAGUCCGAACAUAAGCGUCUUUGUGAGCCCCGACACCGCCGGCCGUUACUACUGCAAGGCCCGUGUGCCCGGCUUUCCGGAAUUAACCGGCCAUGCCAACAUCUACAUUCGCGCUUCGCCGCGCAUAGUGUCGCAAAGGAUCCAAUACGUGCCCGAUGAAGGAGUGGUCAAGGUUAAGUGCACCGCGAUAUCCGUGCCAAAAGCGGAAUCGGUGGUGUGGAGCUUCGCCGGUCGCGAGCUCAAUUUCACGUCGAACAAUACGCCGUUCUACGUGCAAGAGGAAUACGCGGCCGAGAGGGUAGUCAGCACUGUCACCCUACUGGAUCCCAUAUCGACGUACUUCGGGGAUUACAACUGCACGGUUACGAACAGCUUCGGCACGGAUUCCGUCAUCAUCAAACUGACAGCACACACGUUGAUUCCAGUCGAUUGGCAACUGAUCUUGAUCAUCGCCGGACUGGUUGUCUGCGUGAUCCUGAUUGGCAUAAUAGUCAUACUCAUUCUGCAAUGUCGCGAUCGUAUAAAGCAGCCACGGCCGCGAACAACGCAGACUCAAGAGACUGAUAUGCAGGAAACCGAUUCUAACGCCGAUCGAUACAGGGAAAGCGACAGGAGCAGCAACCUCUCGGAUGUCAAAGCGGACAUCCGAGCGGGAUCUAGUGUCAGCAACGCGGAAAGUGUCACAGCCCUUGACAGUGAAGGCGAAGGAAGCACUAGAGGAGUAAACGCCUUGGCGCUUGCUGGACCAGUUCCGAAUCCAUUAUCCGGUUAUCGUUACAGCGCCGAUUAUACCGAACCUUCCUUCCCGCCGAAGAAUAACGAUGGUAGUAACAACAAUGGUUACGUGCCAUACGUCGACUACACUCGCGAUUAUAUGCCACCGACGACGCAGAGCAUGGGCGCUUCGCGAGAAUCCUUGAGCAGGAUAUCCACAAGCGGUAUCUUGUCAUCGAAAAAAAUCGGACUCAGCUCGGCUAACCUGGGGGGCAGCACGACUCCGCAGACAACGCCGAUCGAUCCGCGAUUUUCCGCGACAUAUGGCAAUCCCUAUCUCAGAAUGUCAGCGGCCGAGCAGCUCCGACACGCGCCGCACACAGCCGUGCCGGGAGUCACGCCGGCACCGCCGCCGUACACGCAGGCAAUGAGAAUGAAUAGCUUGAAUACCUUGAACGGCGCUGGCCCGCAGGCCCCACUGUCAGCGCAUUAUAUCACCGGCGGUCCAAACGGGGCCAUGGCGACGGUGAAGCGCACAUCCGCAGUUGGUACGUUAGCGACGCACGUAUGAGGCCAGGGGAUCUAUCCGAAUUAGAACCGUCGAUACUCGGGCCUAACUGAAACUACCUUCGAACUCGGCCGUGCCCUCGAGACGCCCCGCUACUUGCUCGGUCCGCGGCUGGCGACGCUAAGAUCGACGACGCGUGACGCACGACGACUCAUUGAUGUAUCGGAACAAAGUCAAUGUCGUUACGACGAGACCCGCCACGUUCACGGCACGGAACGUUAUAGAGCGGAAUGCGAGCGACUCGUAGGAC